UCUCAACUGGCAAUUCAAGCACCUCCAAUGCAAAAGAAGGGAUUUGAAGAUACAGUUCAGCAGCUGAGUACCCAAGAGGAGGGUAAAUUUCCUGCACAGUCACAACCAAAUCCACAAGGGCAGCCUCAUCAAGUGCAAGCAAUAAGUGAGGAUCCUAACUUAAAGUCGGUCAAAGCGGUGACUACUUUAAGAAGCGGUAAGGUGGUAGACAUUCCAGCACAUGAGCCAUACAAUUCUGGUAAGGUCUCUAACCCUUCUAAUAAAGAUGGAGAGCAUGUUUCUGAUGAGCAUGAGAAAAUUCAUUGUCCUAUACCUGCUCCUUUUCCUCAGCGAUUGGUUCCGUUGCAUAAAGAUGACUUUGAAUUUUUUGAUUGUUUUGCAGAUUCUUCUUUACCACUUCAAGAGACUAAGCGAAUGCCUUCUGAAUGGUCCACCCAAAAUAAACGUCGAUUUCUCUCCGAGCAAAGAAAACAGUUUCAAAAAUUUUGCAAAUCCCGAUGGAGUGGGCCGUACAUUGUAAAUCCCAGGGAAGUGUCUUGAUUUGUUUUUCCUCCUUUACAGUUUUCUUUACUUGCUUUGUUUUUAUU